AUGUCAUUAUUUCCUGGAUAUGGUGAUAGUGACGAUGAUAAUUAUGAUAAUCGAGAAGCUGAAAAGAUAAUAGAAAAAGUUGUUGAAAAAGAUGUAAUAUUACCUGAUAGAAAAGAUAAGGAAAUUGAGAAAAAACGAAAAAGAAGAGAAAGUUCUAGUAUUUCUGAUUCUUCAUCUAGUAAUAGCAGUUCAGAAAGAUUAAGAAAAAGAAAAAAGAAAAGGGAUGAAAGGAAGUUAAGAAAGAAAUUAAGGAAAGAAAAAAGAAAGAAGUAUAAACAAAAAUAUUAUUCUUAUUCAAGUGAUGACGAAGAAUUUGAUAAAAAUAAAUCACUUAAAAGAAGAAAGGCACCAUCAAUAGAAAAGGAAAUACCUAAAAAAACUAAAAUAAUACCAUGCUUUGAUGAAUUUAGAUCUGAAAAAACUACACUGCCUAACAAUUUAUUGAUAUCUAAUGAUAAUGCUGUAGAAAAUAAUGAAGUUAUUUUAAAUAUUGUUAAAAAAAAUUCGCAAACAAAUGUCGUAAAAAAUGAUAUAAAAAUAUCUUCUCUCAAGGAAAAAGAAACAAAAGAGAUAAAAUUAAAAUCAGAACGUGAUUUGUUGAAGAAUCUUAUUGAUAAUAAUCCGAAAGAUCUUGCAGUUUGGUUAAAAUUUAUUGAACUUCAAGAGGAGGAAUCAAAAUUUAGAGGUCAUUCUGUAACUGUUGCUUCUGAUUUAAAAUUAGCAAUAAUUGAAAAUGCGUUGAAGAAUGUUGGUAGUAAGUGUGUUGAACUAAAAAUUGAGAAAUUAAAAUGUUUAACUAAGUUGGAAGAUUAUAGUAUAGCUAUAAAACAAUGGGACAUUUAUCUUAUUCAACAUCCUAACAGUUUAUUAUUGUGGGAUUAUAUUAUAAAUGCAACACUUUUUAAUUUUUCUAAAUUUUCUGUUCAUGUAUGUUUGCAAAUAAUGGUUGAUUGUUAUAAUACAUUAGCAAAAUUAUUACGUGGUGAAAUAAUUACACAUAAAGCAGAGCCUGGAACAGAAAAGUUUUUAGCUGAUUUGUUAAUUAAAAUUAUUAAAUUACACUUUCAAUUUGGAUAUACAGAAAUUGCAAUGUGUUUAAUUACAUAUUUUUUUGAAUUUAAUUUUUUUAAACCUACUGUUUUAGAAAAUAAAUCACAUAAAGAAGUUGUUGAUUUGUUUGUCAAGUUUCUAAGUUGUGAAUGUCCAAAAGCUGGAUUUGAAGGCGCUAUUGGAUGGAAUAAUUGUUUUUUAAAACAUAUGAGUUCUCAGAAAUCAGGUAAUUUAAAAAAUAUUUCAGAAGAAUCAACUACAGAAAAGGAUAAUCGUUAUAAAAAUAAAGAAAAAGAAUUAGAUAAGAACAUGUCUCAUUCAAUGAUAAAUUCAAAUAAUCUUAAAAAUGACGGAAGUCUAGAUAUAGCUAGUUAUAAUUUCAAAAUGAAUGAACAUUCUCAAUAUGCAUAUACUAAAUCAAACAAAAAUCAGAUGGAAAUAUCAAUAGCAGUUGAAACAAUGGAAUAUAAAACGCCAAAACAAUUUCAAGUUCCACCAUCUCAAAAUUCUUUCCCUCAGGUAUCAAGGAUCUCAAAUAAUCAGAUUAGAAUAGAAGAUGGUUUGAGCGUUGAUUCUGAAACAUCUGAAUCAUCUGAAGGAACUGUAGUAUCAUAUUAUACAUAUUCAAAUGAUAGUGUUGUAACUGAUAAUCAACAAGUAACUGGAUUAUCCUCUCAGUUACAGACAAAUAUUAAUCGUCCCAAUCACUUAGAAAUGCUUGUUCCUCAAAAUUAUCAAUCACAAAAUUAUCAACUACAAAACUAUCAACCACAAAACUUUCAAUCACAAAAUCGUCAAAUACAAAACUUUCAAUCACGAAAUCGUCAAAUACAAAACUAUCAACCACAAAAUCGUCAAAUACAUAAUCGUCAACCACAAUAUUAUCAACCUCAGAAUCACCAAUCACAAAACUAUCAAUCACAGAAUCGUCAACUACAAAAUCACCAACUACAAAACUAUCAACCACAAAAUCGUCAACCCCAAAAUUACCAACUACAAAACUAUCAAGAACAGUUUGUUGAUUCAUUAAAUCAUUCACCUCAAAAUUUUAACGAUCAAGUUUAUUUACAACAACAAAUUAAUAACAUCUCAAAUAUUCAACAAGUAUUAUCAAUUCCUUCACGUCCACAAAAUUUGAAUCAAAUAAAUUUGAGUCCCACAAAUUUUAACCAAACAAACUUGAAUUUGGUAAAUUUGAAUCAACCAAAUUUGGACAUAAUAAAUAUAAAUCGAGAAAAUUUGGAUUUAAUAAAUUCGAAUGGAGUAGAUUUUGAUCAAGUAAAUUUUAAUCCAACAAAUUUAGAUAGAAUAAAUUUGAAUCAAACAAAUUUGGAUGUAAUAAAUUCGAAUCCAAUAGAUUUUGAUCCAGCAAAUUUGAAUCGAACGAAUUUGAAUAUAAUAAAUUUAAAUCAAGCAAAUUUGGAUCUAGUAAAUUCGAUUCCAACAAAUUUGAACCACACAAACUUUAAUCAAAUAAAUUUGGAUACAAUAAAUUCAAGUCCAACGAAUUUUGAUCCAACAUAUUUGAAUCAAAUAAAUUUAAAUCAAGCAAAUUUGAAUUUAAUAAACUCGAAUGGAACAAAUUUCGAUCAAGUGAAUUUUAAUCCAACAAAUUUGAAUCAAAGAAAUUCGAAUCCAGCCAAUUUGAAUCAAAUAAAUAAUUCUUUAAACUCUAAUAUUCAUCAUCAGAACAAUUUAGCAUACACAAUACAAGAACCAAAAAGGAUUAUCAUUAAAGAUACACUAAAUGAACGAUCUCACUUUACGGCUAAAAUUAAUCAUAAUAUUAUACCUGAAAAAACCUGUAUUGCUUCAACUUCUAAUAAGAGCAUUGUGAAUGAAAAACAAAAUGAUAUUAGUAGUAAUGAAAUUUCUAGUACAUCAAAAUACAUUGGAGAUUUUCAAAAUAUUUGUAAAACUAUAUACAUUGAUACUCAUUCUUCUAAUAAAAAUAAGGUUAAAAAAGUUUCUGAAGAAUAUUCUAUGCCUACACCGAAUCCUUUUGCAACAUCUAGAUCAGAUAAUAUUAUUAAUUUUUCUAAAAUAGAUUAUAGAAGAGAUCUCAUACCAAAAGACGAACUUCCAGUCAGCCCUGCGAGUGAGGUUAUUCCAGAAGUUAAUGAUCAAAUUGAUAAUAUUAUUGUUAGUGAUAAAAUUAUAGAAGAGAAUUUAUCAAUUGAUGAUUACAUUAAACAAGAGGAUGAAUAUUGUCUAUUGGCACAAAAAGAAAAUCAUCCCUUAUCUAAAGUUUGGAUUACAAUAGAGCAGAUAAGAGAAAAAUAUAAUUAUUUUCAAAUUACUUCUGGUGAAUAUGAUAAUGGCGAUAAAGAUAGACACGUGGAUUUUAAGAAAAGCAUAUAUUAUUCUUUGUUUACUUUUUCAAGUAAAAUAAAAGAAUAUAUUCUACGCCAAAUUUUGAAAAUUUUCAAAGUAGAUAUUGAUAGGGUUUUAGGAGGUUUCAAUGAACCUGAUAUUUAUUCAUUAUUUGAUAAAAUGAAUAUAAAGAUCAUCGAUACUCAUCCUCCUUAUGAAUCUUUAAAAUUUAUGGAACGACUUUUUAAAUUUAUGGGAGAAAGAGAAAAUUGUAACAACGAAGAACUUGAGAAAAUAGUAUUUGCUAUUUAUAAAAUUAUUGUUAGAUAUGGAAAAAAUUUGGAAUAUGAAAAUAAGGGAAAUGAGAAAUUUGCAAAAAUAUUGAAAGAUAAUUUUAUAAAUAAUGUAUCAUUAUAUGAAUUAUUUUAUGAUUCUCGAUUCAUGAACAAUAUUGAUUUGGCUUUAGAUAAAGUUGAUAUUAAAGUACUGUCAAUUAUUUAUCAGCCAACAAUUAGUGAAAGGCAAAAAUGUUUUACAAAAGUAGAUUUAGUAAAUUACAUAGUUUCUUUUUUGAUGACUGGUUCAGUUAUUUCUAAGGAUGAAGUUCAAAAUGAUGUUCAUUACAAAACUAUGGCUAGUGAACAGCUAUUUGUUUUACAUAAUUAUGAAAAUACAAAUUACAAAUUUUUUUAUGACUGGAAAUUGGAUGAUCUAAAAUACAUUUCGGGACUAAUAAUGAUCUUAAAAUAUCAAAUGUUUUCUGAUGUCAAAUUCUCUUUAAAUAUAAUUCAAUUUUUAGAAAAGAAAUAUUCUCAUGAGAGACUGGAGACACUAGAAGAAUUGUUUUUGUUACAAGAAGAAAUAUAUGCAGAUUAUUAUGAAAAACAAUCCAAGGUAUAUGAACCUGCCUAUGAUAUUUUUAUUGUUGAAAGUCUAAAGAAAUACCCUAAAUUUAUCAAUUUACUUAUGGUAUACCUUCGAAGAAGUAGUAUACAUAAAGACAUUCAUAUAGAUACUUCUUUUAUUGAAUCUUUACAAAUAUCUAAAUUGCCUAAGAUGAUGGCUAUAAUUUACAAUGAAUUGUUAAUAUUUCAAAAAAAAUUUAAUCAGUAUGCCAAUAACGAUGGUACUAUCUUUCCAAACUUUGAUAAACUUCGUCAAGUUAUUCUUAAAUAUGUUGAUGAAAUAACUAAAAUGACUUUAUCACCUCUCAUUUGGAAGCUAUUACUACAAUUAGAACAUAAAUAUGGAAAUAAAGAAAGUUUGAAAAGAAGUUUUCUUAAAGGUUUAGAAUCUGCUGGUUGGAGUAAAGAUUUUUACAUUGACUAUUUGUCAUAUGAUUCCUCUGCUUUCGACAAUGUUUUUCAACUUUUUAUUGAAAAAGGUUUUAGAAUCCGAUGUUUGAAAGAAGAAUUACCCGUAUUACUUCAAUAA